GGCUGAACGAUCUACUACUUUGUAUCACUCCUUAUUUUGUAGUUUUAUCAUAACAAUCUUAUUCACCUUUUCUCUUAGAUAAACAGUCCCAGUCUUUUCAAUCUCAUUUCACAUUAGAGUUUUUUGGCCUUGGGUCCAUUUCUAGUUAAUAGUAAAUAUAUUAUUUUAAAAUGAAAGCUAAUGAUUAAUUUAGUAGACACCGAAUGGGUUAACUAAUUCAGUGCAUGAAAAUGAGGAAGGAAAAUUUAAAAAAAACCACCCCACAAUUAUGUUCCGCUGUGAAGACAAGUUUCACUAUUCUUAAUGUACCAGUGAAGGUAACAAUCAGCAUAGGAACAGCAACCAAGUAUUCCCUCAACACAAAGGAGAAUUUCUUUUUAUCAUAACCUUCAUACAGCUUCUGUUUUAAACAAUGAACUGGAGUAUCAUCAUCACCACCAAUGGGACAACAUCUUUCUCUGGACAAUGCCACAGAGACACCAGAAUUGCACAUGUGGUAUUCCCAAUCCUCUACACUGUCAUUUUCCUCAUUGGAGUUAUAUUGAACAGUUUAGCUAUUCGGGCUUUUUUCCAAAUUCAAAGCACCUCUACUUUCAUCGUCUACCUCAAAAACACACUGGUUUCUGAUUUCAUAAUGACUCUUACGCUUCCUCUGAAAAUUCUUACCGAUUCAGGACUGGGACCAUGGCAACUUAGAGCUUUUGUUUGUCGCUUUUCAGCUGUGGUAUUUUAUGAAUCCAUGUAUGUUAGCAUAGUACUACUUGGACUUACUGCUUUUGACAGAUUUCUCAAGAUUGUGCGACCUUUUGGGAAGUUUUGGGUGCAAAAUGUCAUUGCUGCACAAAUUCUUUCAGGUCUUGUUUGGCUUUUCUUCUUUGUCCUCUCCUUGCCAAAUAUGAUUUUAUCAAACAACAAAUCAACACCCCUUUCUGUGAAGAAAUGUGCUUCUCUGAAGAACCCCUUAGGACUGAAAUGGCAUGCAACUGUCAAUUACAUAUGUCAGUUUAUCUUCUGGACUGUGCUAAUUCUAAUGCUUCUAUUUUAUGCAAUUAUUACCAAAAAGGUAUAUAAGUCUUAUAUAAAAACUCAAAAGAAACAUUGCAAAAGCAAACAGAGGAUUAAUGGAAAAGUAUUCAUCAUUGUAGCUGUCUUUUUCAUAUGUUUUGCUCCAUUUCAUUUUUGUAGAGUACCAUACACACUAAGUCAAACUGGCAGUACAAGUGACUGCAAUGUACAGAAUCUAUUAUUCAUUGCUAAAGAAAGUACUCUUUGGCUAGCUACUACAAAUAUUUGCAUGGAUCCUUUGAUAUACAUAAUCUUGUGCAGAUCGUUUGUUGAAAAAGCAUUCUGUGUCAAAAUGAAAAAAUUUAGAAGUACAAUUCGGGAAAAUCCAACUGUCCCCUUGGACACCGGAAUAUCUGUGUAGAUUCUUGAUUUGGUGUAACUUUAUAGCUUUUUGUAAUUUGCACUAAAAUAUUUGCAGAAAAGUUGAAGGAUAUUUUGUGUCAAGAUGUUUUAUUCUAGAACUGAAACUUAAAGGGUCGUUCUUCUCUGAAAUGUGACUUUGUAAAAAUCGCAUAAUGUAAUGUUAUACUAUCAAAAGGUACUCUGCUUAACAAAUAAAAUGCUGUUUCUCUAA